AUGUUGCCAAGAGAUGGUGAUGUCUACGGUGGUUUCCCUCAAACUGUAAUUUUGGCCUCCUCAACAAUCCCUGGUGGCCGAAAGGUACCAAUUAUUGCAACAUCAGGUGACGGCGUUCCCAUUGGAUACAUGGUCACUUCCAACCCGGCAACCCUAGAUCCAAAAUUCAUGAACUAUGAGACUAUAGCACUCAAGCAAAAUCUCCAUCCACAUCAGUCACAACUACAGCAAUCGCAACAGCAACAAAUGUGCACCGACGAUACUUCUUCCAGUUCUACAGAAAAUCCCAAGAAUGCCUACAGCAGCCUCCUCUACCGAAUCCCUGACGAUAGCUCCGUCACUGUUGAAAAGAACUACAUGACAAUAAAUCCAGAACUCUUCCAACAAAGUAUCUAUCGCAGAUUGCAAGUUCCAGGUGAAUGUAAUGAGGUCAACACUCAGGAAAGGGAAGGUGCUUCAAAGAAAGUCGUUGUUUUGGCCCACGAGAAUUCGCCUGGUUGGGGGUGUGCUACGGAGCAAAAGAAGCCCCCAAAGGAUGCCUCGAAGAUUGAGAAGCAUUGUAGAUUUUCAAAUACUCAGGAAAUUGCCGGAACAACUUUAUUUUCCCAACCUAAUAAUUUCCAGGAAUCAUCCAGCAAAUGA